AUGCGGUCUCAAUUAUAUCGCAAUAUCACCCCGCCUCUCAGACCUCAGAUCAUCUCAACCCGCCUCGCCACACCCUCUCGACUUUUGUCCCAUUCGUCGCGCAAGUCCCCUCCGAAGACAGGCAUAAGCACCCUCAGAGCUGCACCGGCUAUUCCAUUUUUCGGUGCUUUCUUUAGUUCCAACCGCAACACCGAAAAUUCCUCCGAGGUCAUGUCACACCCCGAUCAGCGAAGCGAAGAGGAGUGGAGGGCAGUCCUCAACCCAGAGCAGUUCCGCAUUCUCCGCGAAAAGGGAACCGAGCGCGCCGGCACCGGCGAGUACGAUUCCCACUACCCGUCAAAAGGCGUUUACAACUGCGCAGGUUGUGAUGCACCGCUCUAUACCGCUGAUCACAAGUUCAAGUCUGGAUGUGGCUGGCCUGCAUACUUUGACUCCAUCCCCGGUGCUGUGACCAGACACGAGGAUAGUACUUUCGGUAUGAAGCGGACGGAGAUCGUCUGCAGCAAUUGCGGGGGCCAUCUGGGCCAUGUAUUCGAGGGUGAGGGGUACAAGACUCCUACAGAUGAGCGCCACUGUGUAAACAGUGUCAGCCUGCGCUUCUCUGAGGACUCUGGUGCUCAAAACCCAAAGGCCAAGGCUUGA